AACAGUAAGUUUUUGAUUUGUUUUAUUAUAUGUUAAAGUUUUCAUGAAUUCGAAAACCAUGUAGCCAACUGCAGCCGCAUUUUAUCUACCUGAGCGAAAAAUGGUAGCAAAACUUUUAAGCUUUACUUUUGCUGUAAAGUAAGGCACUUUGCAAACAUUUAUUGGAGUAGUCGAUAUAUAUAAGUGACCUACAGAUUUGCCCAAUUCAGUGAUAAUCAGGAUUAAGUGGAAAUGUUUCUGUUACAUAUAGCAACCGUUUCUUUCAACGUUCUACUGCUGUGUGGUGACGGAUCAAAUGCAAGACCAACUUUCAGUGCCAGCAGUGAUCAAAUUUUGAACAACAGAAUGAAGAGGUCGGAGCAAUCGAGUGUUUUGUUACGACUUGACAGCAACAUGGUAUUGAAUGGGGAAAGUCAUUCACCUUUGGAAACACUUCGAAAGAAGAGAUCAGAAGAAGAUUAUCGUCCUCCCAUUUCUCCCACUGGUCUUGAUAGAAAGAAGAGAUCAGAAGAAGAAGAAGAAGUUUACAAACCUCCCACUGGUCUCGAUAGAAAAAAGAGAUCCGAAGAAGAAGAAGUUUACAAACCUCCCACUGGUCUUGAUAGAAAGAAGAGAUCCGAAGAAGAAGAAGUUUACAAACCUCCCACUGGUCUUAAUAGAAAAAAGAGAUCAGAAGAAGGAAGUUUACAAACCUCCCCUGGUCUUGAUAGAAAGAAGAGAUCAGAAGAAGAAGUUUACAAACGUCCCACUGGUCUUGAUAGAAAGAAGAGAUCAGAAGAAGAAGAAGUUUACAAACCUCCCACUGGUCUUGAUAGAAAGAAGAGAUCCGAAGAAGAAGAAGUUUACAAACCUCCCACUGGUCUUGAUAGAAAGAAGAGAUCAGAAGAAGAAGAAGUUUAUGAACCUGCCAUUGGUCUUGAUAGAAAGAAGAGAUCAGAAGAAGAAGUUUACAAACCUCCCCUGGUCUUGAUAGAAAGAAGAGAUCAGAAGAAGAAGUUUACAAACCUCCCACUGGUCUUGAUAGAAAGAAGAGAUCAGAAGAAGAAGAAGUUUACAAACCUCCCACUGGUCUUGAUAGAAAGAAGAGAUCAGAAGAAGAAGUUUACAAACCUCCCACUGGUCUUGAUAGAAAGAAGAGAUCAGAAGAAGAAGAAGUUUACAAACCUCCCCACUGGUCUUGAUAGAAAGAAGAGAUCAGAAGAAGAAGAAGUUUACAAACCUCCCCGUGGUCUUGAUAGAAAGAAGAGAUCAGAAGAAGAAGUUUACAAACCUCCAACUGGUCUUGAUAGAAAGAAGAGAUCAGAAGAAGAAAAAGUUUACAAACCGCCCCGUGGUCUUGAUAGAAAGAAGAGAUCAGAAGAAGAAGAAGUUUACAAACCUCCUCGUGGUCUUGAUAGAAAGAAGAGAUCAGAAGAAGAAGAAGUUUACAAACCUCCAACUGGUCUUGAUAGAAAGAAGAGAUCAGAAGAAAAAGCUUAUGGCCGUCCCCAAGGUCGCGAUAGAAAGAAGAGAUCAAAAGAAGAAGAAUCUUAUGCUCCUCCCACUGGAAUUUAUAGAGAGAAGAGAUCAGAAGAAGAAGGAGUCUACCCUCCCCCCGCUCCUUCUGGACUUAAUAGGAAAAGGAGAUCAGAAGAAGAAGAAAGACCUCGCUUGACUCCUUCAGGUACUGAAAGAAAAAGGAGAUCAGAAAAACAGUUUCAACAACUUCCUGCUAGACUUGAUAGAAAAAAGAGAUAUGACGAUGAACAAGAAGAAGAAGAUCACAGGCCUCCUACAAUAAGCCCUGAAAGGCAAAAAAGAUCAACAUUAGAAGAAAGGCCCAAUAGGUUUGGUCAAGGCCUUGGUAGGAAGAGAAGAUAA